UUUCUGUCAUUCCUGUCAUUGUCAUUUGCAAGUCACAAAAUUAAGUAAAGAAGUAAUAACAAUGGAUGCAGUACAACCUGAAGAAAAGAAGAGAAUUCUAAUUAUCUACGACGAAAUCUACGAUGAGCCCCCAAUCAGCGAAUCCCUUGAGUUGAAGCAAAUAUCAGAUCUCAAAGCGCACGAAAACGAAACAGUAUUGCUUCGUAUACCAGAAGAAAAACUCACCGACUCUGUCCUAAAGCGAGUUUUCUCAACAAGCAAACUCGGAGGUAAAGUCGUUGCCACUUGUAUCGAAAAAGGUGUGGAUGAUGUUGUAUUUAAUCUAAAACUGGCGGGUUUUGUUAAUGUGGAAGUGAAGACAACAAUAACGGGCACACAUGUGUCUGGUUUUAAACCAACAUAUGAGACUGGAAGUUGCGCUGGACUACAGAAACGCAAACAUGGAAACUGGAUAAAACUUAAUGUGACCGAUAAGGAAGAGCCUGAUGAGAUGCUUGAUCCAGAUGAUUUGCUUGAUGAGGAAGAUUUUAAGAAGCCUGAAGCAGCGGCACUGCAGUGUGGCACCACUGAGAAGCGUAAAGCUUGCAAGAAUUGCACUUGUGGGCUUGCGGAAGAGGUGACAAAGGCAGUGGAGAAAUUACCCCAUGUGACACAGUCAUCAUGUGGCAAUUGUUAUCUGGGGGAUGCAUUUCGGUGCGCUAGUUGUCCUUACAUGGGGUUGCCAGCUUUUAAGGCUGGCGAAAGAAUUCAGUUGGUUGGUAAUCUACUAGAGGCAGAUAUUUAGAUAAGUUGGGUACUUGUUUAUUAAAUUUGUAUUGAUAUGGA